AUGCGUCAUUAUGGAAUGCCAUUUCUGGGCGUGGAUAAAUUGCAUGAGCUUUUUAAAACAGACACUGUAUCUGUAUCCCGCAAUCAGCGUUCGAGUUCUCACAUACGAAAGUGGUUAAACGUUUUAGCUGUAAUAAAGAUGGCAGAAAGACCAAGAGGCUUUGGAAUGACUGCUGAAUUGCAGAAGAAGGUCAGAAGAUACUUUUCAAUAUCAAUAGUGAUGGACUAGAUAAAUACAAUACGACAUACGAUACUUUAUAAUAGCUAUAGUAGGUCGUUUCUGUCUCUUCCGAAAAUAUAUUCCUAAUGUCCAGUACCUGUCAUAUUAAGAGUGGAAGAAAAUUAAAUAAAAACGUCAUGAUCAAUUGAAGAAUAUUUCGUCUCAUUGUGCUCUGUAUGUAACUGGAAUUCGUUGGGUAUGCGUGUAAGGAAUUCGAUAACCUUUCGACAUUCGUGCAGCUCUGAAUAAAAUUGCAUACUUUCAUGCAUGAAAGGCGGUUUUCUUUUCUAUAUACUAUUUAUUAUCCAACGAUGAAGACUACAUUUUGAACACUGUUACUGUAUUGAUAUAUGAAUAUUCAUAUACUUUUUCUAAUUUUAAUAAAUUAUUUAAAGAUCAUUAAAUUAAAUGGUGCGGUUUCAUUCCGGCUAUCCGUAGGAGGUCUGAGUCUUGAAAAAGCCGUGUUUCUACUGAUUGUUUAUCGGUCGUCGUCGUUAUAUAAAUUAGAGAGGUUCAGAUUUGAUAACGGCUGCCUCUCACAGGCUUAAUACGCAUUUGAUUGGUUAAUCGGGAAGAAUAAAUGCAUCUGGUUGGUCGGUAUAGUCAAAAUUUGGGCCUUUUUAAAUCUGAACCCAUCUAGAUAACGGCUUUGCAUUUAUUAUAAGCACCUCUUAAUUAAAACCUGUCUAAAAAAUCCUUUUAGUCAUGUACGAUUCUUAUUCCUGUGUAUGUAAUUGAAUAAAAACAUACAAAGACAUUCUGCAAUAAAACACCAGAAUCGUAUACAAGUAAUCGACUAUAAUCGUAUCGUGUAGACAGUCUUUAUUAUUUCCAGACCAUGUUCAUAUUUAAUAUAUCCAAUAUUGGCAAUAUAUUUUUUAGAAAGCCGGAAAAUACGAUCCAGAACUUGAAAAACAAGCUAUAGAGUUUAUCACAAGUACAACAGGACAACCUCUUCCUGGUGGCUUUCAUGAAUCUUUGAAGGAUGGUAUUAUUUUGUGCAAGUAAGUGUUGAUAUCUAUUUGCUAUAUAUGCCCUCAAAGAUGCUGCAGAACAACCCAGCACUAGUGCACUACCAGACCAUCAUCUAAAUAUCUAGCCUGUAAUACAGGAUGUGCACAGGCUACUAAAUAUCCCGAGUAUAAAGUAUCUUAGUAUUAAGGAUAAAGGACAUAGCACCAGUCAAGACCCACUGUGAAAAAAUGAGCCCCCAUGGGGCUAACUAGAGGAAAUACGGAACCUUUCCUUUUAGAACCAAAUAGAGAGAGACCAUCAUGACUACUUCAAAAAUGUCGACGAUUUAAAGUUCUUUUAUGUGUUAUUUUUGCCAAACUGCUUUUACUCUAGAGUUAAAUUUUAGAGGUCCAUAAAGUUAUAAUCUAAGUCCAUUCAACUUACUUUCUUUUCUACAUUAUUUAGUCUCGCUAAUGCAUUAAAGCCUGGUUCUAUCAAAAAAAUCAAUGAAUCAAAAAUGGCUUUCAAAAUGGUAUGUGAGUGCUGGAAUUCACAGAUCCCUCACAUCAUGUAUGAUGGGCCCUGCUGUUUAUUUCAAUCUUCCCUCAAUGGUCUCAUGUGUGCCCUCCAUGUAUCAUUAUAAAUUAAUUACAAUGUUUUUAUUCCAUCUAGAUGGAGAAUAUUAGCAAUUUCCUUACUGUUUGCCAAUCACUUGGAGUUAACAAGAUUGAUAUAUUCCAAACAGUUGACUUAUAUGAAGCUCAGAAUAUACCUUUGGUAAUUUAUUUCUAGAUUUUA